AUGCACUCAGAGUGUAUUUGGAGUACACCAUCUUGGCAAAAAGGUCCAGCACACUAUGAUACCAUUUUUCUAGAGAAGGAGCUGGAAAUACCUGGAAUGGGAAGACUCAAUGUCACCAGGGUCUUCCUAUUUUUCUCCUUUCACUUUGAUGGCAUCAGAUAUCCUUGCAUGCUCAUUCAAUGGUUCAUGACAAUCCUAGAUUGGCCUGAUGAAGACACCAGAAUGUGGAUCAUUCAACCAGACUUUGAUGCUGAUGGUGAGCAUGAACUAGAAGUUGUUCAUGCACAUUGUAUACUGCAUGGGGCUCAUCUUAUUCCUGUCUAUGGACAUGAUUGCCUUCCCUCUGACAUUCAUCACACUGAUACUCUUGAUAUUUUUCAUGCAUACUAUGUUAACAAAUACAUUGACCAUCAUGCUUUCAAGAUCACCUUUUAG